UCAUAGGCAGCCCAAUUUUUCAAAAGAAAGAAUUUCAUUGAUACACGUUAUCACUUUUGGUCGGCAAAACAUAAUUGGGUAAGUUCAAUUCAUCGCCUCUGCUCAAGUCUAACAAGAACACUUUCAUUCUCGUUCCCAUUUAAUAAACACACUUUUUCUUCCUACGAUUAGAAAAAGGAAAAAGAAGCAAAGCAAAGCACCCUCGGUGUAUUUUGUUCUCUUUUUCCUCAAUCUUACAAUCCAUAAACUUUCAUGGCCUCGCCUUCUUCUUCUUCUCCUCCUCAUGUGAAGUAUCAAGUUUUCUUGAGCUUCAGGGGUGAAGACACGCGUCUUAAUUUCAUCAGUCAUCUACUCAAAGCUUUAAAAGAUAGGGGAAUGCAUGUCUUCUUUGAUGAAGAUAAAUUGGAAAAAGGGGAGCAACUCUCGCAAUCACUUUCUCAAGCAAUUGCAAACUCGGAUCUCUCAAUCCUCGUUUUAUCUAAAGACUAUGCUUCUUCUAAAGCUUGCUUAGGUGAACUUUCUCACAUUAUAGAUCGCAAGCCCAAUCCCACUGACAAACACAUUGUUCUUCCCAUAUUUUACCAUGUUGAUCCUUCUGAUGUACGAAAUAUUGAUGGAAGCUUUAAGACAUCCUUCGAAGAGCAUGAUUCAAAGAGGCAAAGUGAUGAAGUACAGCGAUGGAAAGCUGCCUUUGCAAAAGUCGGUAAAUUAAAAGGGUGGCAUAUACGAGGAUGUAAAUUUGACAGAUCUGAAACCGAGUACAUCAAGGAUAUUGUUGAAUAUGUUACUAAAAAAUUGAUGAAUGGUAUGUCUAGGAGCACUUCUGAUGAAUUGAUUGGAAUAGAUGACCAGAAAGAGAAAAUUAUUAGGCUAAUUGAGCAAGAAGAUUGUCGACUAAUAGGACUUUGGGGAAUGGGUGGUAUAGGCAAAACUACCCUUGCUGAUGCUGUAUACAAGGAAGUCUCUCUAAAGUUCGAAAAUAGUUGCUUUCUUCAAAAUGUUAGUGAGAAAAUUAUAAAACAGGGGAGGGAAUCUUUACGAAAUGAACUUCUUUCUGAAUUAUUAAAUGAAAAAAAAAUUAAUAUAGGCACCCUUUUGAUAGGAUCCCCUUACAGAGAGAGGAUGAACAAUAAAAAAGUAAUUGUGAUACUUGAUGAUGUUAGUGACCCAGAUCAAAUAAAUUUUAUGGGUGUUAAACAUUUUGGUCGUGGAAGUAAAAUCAUUGUAACAUCCAGAGAUAGACAAGUACUUAACAAUGGAGGGACUAAUGAAAUACAUGAGGUGAAGAAGUUAAAUGCAAAUGAUUCUCUUCAACUUUUUUCUACAUUUGCAUUUAAGCAAUUGAAUCCAGAUACUGAUUUUCAAAAUCUAUCGAUCAAGUUUGUGGAGUACGCCCAAGGCAAUCCACUUGCUCUUAGAGUUUUGGGCUCUAAACUAUACAAAAAAUCUAGAAAAGAGUGGGAAAGUGAGGUGAAUAAACUAAGGGAAUGUGCCCAACCACAAUUUUUUCAGAUUUUGAGGAGUAGUUUUGAUGGGCUUGAUGAGCUAGAGAAGAAUAUAUUCCUUGAUAUUGCAACAUUCUUUAAAGGGGAACUAAGAGAAGAAGUAGAAGAAAUUCUACGUUGUUGUUAUAAGGGUGCGGAAUGUGUAAUAAGCAACUUGCUCGACAAGAGCCUACUUGAAAUCAUAGAUUUUGACAAAAUUUCUAUGCAUGAUAUGCUUGAAGAGAUGGGUAAAGACAUUGUUCGUCAAGAAUCUAAAAGACCUGAAAAGCAAAGUAGGUUAUGGAGUCCUGAAGAUGCGGAUCGAGUGCUCAUACAUAAUAAAGGGACUGAUCUAACUAAAGGAAUAAAGGUACGCAUGUCUCCUAUUGAUCUUCGACGGGUAAGCCCUACGGCUUUACAGAACAUGCAUAAUCUUCGAUUUAUCUGCAUCUUUUUUGGGACUAGUUGGGCUGAGAGUCGUCCUUAUGACCAAGAUGUUGAUAUUGCAUUCCUUCCUAACGAGCUAAGAUAUUUCCGUUGGGAUUAUUACCCCUUCAAAUCUUUAUCAUCAAAUUUUAAACCAGAAAAACUUGUCAUAUUGAGAUUACAAUGUAGCAACGUGGAACAACUUUGGAAUGAAGAUGAUGAUCUGGACAUUGUUAAUUUAAGGGAAAUCAAUGUUUCUGGUUGCAAUAAAUUAAGGAAGAUCCCUAAUCUAUUAGGAGCCAUCAACCUUAAAAGAGUUAUAUGUUUGUGGUGUGUCAGUUUGGUUGAACUUCCUUGCCUCAAUCAUUUGGCAUCUCUAGAAGAACUUGAAUUUAGGGGAUGUCAUAAUCUCAAGAAGUUUCCCAAGGUUCCAAAUAUGUUUAUGGAUUUCGAUUUGUCAAAUACUGGAAUAGAAGAAGUGCCUGAUUCAAUUGGGUAUCUCGACAUGCUUGAGCAGUUGGAUUUAGCUGGCUCAAGGGUAAAGAAUGUAUCAAGUAAUAUUUUAAAGUUGGAAAAACUUCAUGGUCUUGAUCUUAGUUAUUCCAUGAUCACUGAAUUCCCAGAAAUCCCAAACAACUUAAUGCAAUUAAACUUAAGUGGGACUCAAAUUAAAGAAGUGUCCUUCUGUUCCAACCAUCUAAGUAAUCUUCAUUGCUUAGAUAUGAGCUUCUCAAGUAUUCAAAAGCCGCAGUGCAAUAUCGCCCUCUUCGGCUCGAGAGAGAUAAGGCUUGAUGCGCCCACACCAAUCUUGAGGUUUAAAAACCUUAGAGUUUUGCUAAUGACUUAUUGCGACAGUCUUAAACUACUCUCAGAGCUUCCUCCAUAUCUACAACACUUCGAUGCAAAUAACUGCACAUCAUUAGAGAAAGUAUCUUUCUCAGAUCAAAAUCAAGAUCUAUAUGAACUCCAUUCUUGCUUUGUUGAAGAGCUUGAUUGUUCCAUGUUAUUCUGUAAUUGCUUCAGAUUGAAUCAAGAUUCAAUUGAUAACAUUGAGGCAAAUGCCAUGCUCAAAAUUAGACUCCUAGCAAAGAAAUGGGCAUCAAAAUAUGAUGUUUGUCCACCAAAUUUUUUUUCCUGUUUCCCAGGGAGCAAAAUUUCAGCAAGUAAGUUUGAAUAUCAAAGCGAGAAUUCUUCUUUAACUUUGAAGAUAGCUCCAAAUGGGUGUAAUAGGAGCAGAUUCUUGGCUUUUUCUAUCUGCCUUGUGGCCGACCUCAUUGGUUGCGUAAGCUUCAGUGGUUUUGACUUUAUCUGUGAAUACCAACUGACAGCUGCUAGUGGUGGUGGUCAUGAAAAGUUCAGAAGUGAGUGGCAUUGCAGGCAACAAAAUUGGGCAUCAAUGGAGUGCAUGGGUGAUCACGUGUUGAUUUUACUUAGUGGCGAUAUGGUUAAAAAUGACAAGGGCUAUGAGCAAGCAUCAUUUGAAUUCUACAUCAAAUACUACGGCGAAGAAGAUAUCAAGGUGAAGAAAUGUGGCGUACAUGUAUCUUAUGUGGAUGAAGAACCUAAGUCCCAACCCACAGCAUAAAAGGGCUAGGCAAACUUGAGCACUAAACCUAAGACCUCCAGUUGCACAAUGCUUGUCAUUUAGAAAGUGCUAUACCAACAAGAACGAGACUUAUUGGAGAAAAGAAGUUUUAGCAAUGAUGGUGAAGAAUGGGAUGGAGGGCGUAAAAGAUUGAAAUAGUUUUUGUUUCUUUUGGCUCUGCUUUUCAGGAGUAACAACUCUCAAUCAUGUCAUCUACCUGCAUGGGUAACUAGGCUCAUUUUAUUCUUCCUACUUCCAUAAUUUUUUUCCGUACCAUUUUUAGUAGUAAAUUUUAAGCUUUUAAAUUAAUUGCCUAUGAUACAAAAUGAAUUGGCUUUAAUUAAUUAAAGCCAACUAGGAUGAAUGUAACUUGCUCUGAUUUAUAAAUUGCUUGUAAUUUAGAAAGAGGUAUAUCAUUUUUUGGAAAACUGAAACGUUUUAGUUCAAAAUUAUCAAUGCUAAAAGUGGAGUUUGUGAUAGUUGUCUAUAAAA